AUGGGCCAAAAUUAUAUAAAUGAGCAGCCGUGCAUGUCUGUCAGGUGUUGUUGUAAGCUGAUAGAAAAACGCGAGGAAAAACCGGUCGUUGCAACGGUGACAUCAAAACCACGAAAAAAUGACUGUAGCGGACGCCCCCAAAUAAGCUUAGGUGAUUUCUUGAAAUCGCAACCGAUCCUAGACUGGAUCAAAGUGAACGAUAUGCGUCAGCAACAUCCCCGGAAUGAGCAGUGUUCAAUGAAACCUACUUCCGAUGAACGGAAAGGAAAUUCUGUACCGGAAGAUAUACAAUCGUCGCAGAUCAUCAUCAACUUCGGAACGGUCGUAACCAGCGGAGUGUGCAGUAAGCGAGAUUCGAGUCAGCAGACCGAUCCGGAAGUUAAAGACGUGGCCGUUUCGGUGGAAAAAAAGCAAGUAUGUCAGACCACCACCAGUUCACCGGUUAAUCGGCCAACCUCCGUCUGCCCACUGCCAAAUCAAUCCACCUCCACCUGUCCGCAAACUAAUCGACCAACGUCAAAUUACCCACCGGCCAAUCGGCAAACUUCUGUCUGCUCACCGUCAAAUCAGUCAACUUCCACCUGUCCACAAACCAAUCGACCAACGUCCAACUGUCCACCGGCCAACUUGCAAACUUCUACCGGUCUAUCAACUGAUCGGUCAACCUCCACUUGUCCAUCGCCAGGUCAGUCGACCUCCACCUGUUCGCAAACCAAUCGACUAACGUCCAACUUUCCAUCGGCAAAUCGAUCAACUUCAUCCAACGAUCCGCCAAUUAAUCGGUUGACCUCCAUCGGACCGCAAACUAAUCAACCUACCUCCACCUGCACACCGUCACCGGUAAAUCGGCCAUCCUCCAUCGAUUUGCCUACCAAUCGGCCGAUCUCUAGUUGUUCACCAGCCAAUCGAUCAACCUCAACCUCUCCUGCUACCCGUCCUGAUUUUAUAGUUAAUAAGCCAACGUGUGGUUGCAACUGCCAUUCGAAGCUCUAG